AUGUUUAAAUGCGAACAGUGUCCGUCGGUUUUCACCACAAAACGUAAUUUAGUCGCACAUCAAAAUAGGCAUGCAGGUGUACGUUUUCCGUGCACUGCUUGCCCAUUAACAUUCACAUACAAAACCGGGCUCAACAAACAUACGAAGAAUAUUCAUGGUAUGGUAAACGUUCCGGCUCAUUUGAGACCAAUGCCCGCUGCGCCGAUCACCGCUCAACCAACUCCAGCUCAACAGGUCCAGAUUGCGCCGCAAAUAUUUGUACCUGAUGUCCCGGCCGGUGGCUCCAACAUGUUAACCGAAGACGAAAUAUGUAUGAACGCAAUGGAUGAAUUUGAGGAUACAGAUUCUUACACCGUUACCGUCAACGGGAAACGCGUUUCUACGGCCAACACGGUGUCGGCUGCUAACGCUAAAAAGACUAGGUUGAAUCUCGUUAAGGCUCCCGGGUUCGUAGAAAUUUUGUCGUCUGCGAGCCGUAAAAUCGUGUGGUACUAUGCAAAAAAUAUCGGGAAUACAACGAUUUAUUCAGACUUUCUUCGACCCCUCAUGCCUGAACUAAUAAAUUUAUUAAAGACCUCCGUACAAAAACACUCAAUAAAAUUUAACCUUAAACUCGAGACGACAUACAACCGGCCCAACGUCCCCAAUUCGUCGGAGAACCGGGCCUUUAAAACAGUGGCGACAGAAAUUUACCCUGACAGCGAUUUUAGAACUAUUGUAGAGAGGGCGUACAUGAAGUUGGUUCAGGAGAAAGACGAUUACAUCGGGAGGGGUAGUGGAUUCGUCCUAGAGUCGAUAGACGGACUAUUAGUAGGGGUGUAUAAAUAUAUGCCGAUGGGUGGAUCGUCAUAUAUUCAGCUGCCGGAAUAUAUAGAUAGAAAACGGGGAACCAUCAACCCCAAAAACUCGGACCAACAGUGUUUCAAGUGGGCAAUUUUAGCGAGACAUGUUACGGGGCCGUCGGCAUUUCGUGUGGAGGGAGAUAAAUAUAGUCAGCAUGAGGGCAAGUACAAUUUUGAUGGUAUAGCGUUCCCGACACCACUAUCGGACAUCACCAAAUUUGAAAAAAAUAAUAAUAAUAACGUCUCGAUAAAUGUAUACGGCCUCAACAAAAAGUUCCAGGCGCCCCGUAAGUACCCAACGUACGAAGUGUAUCCGCUGCGUGUAGCCGACGAAGAAAAAAAGGAACACUUCGACCUGUUGUUGGUAACGGACGGCGACAACUCGCACUAUGUGUACAUUUCAAAUUUUUCCCGGCUCAUACGUGCGCAGAAAACGAGACACAAUGGGAGUGUCAUUUUUUGUAAAAGGUGCUUCACCAGCUUUGACAAGCAAAAUUUCAAAUACAAGUUGAGCGGACAGGAGGCCCUGGACCAACAUAAAUUGAUUUGUGGGGCGCAUAAACCCAUUUUACCCGAGAUGCCGAAGGAGGGUGAUUGUGUUGAGUUCAGGGCGUGGAAAAAAACGGUCAGGCACCCGUUUGUUAUAUACGCAGAUUUUGAGUCAUUGCUGGUGAAGACGGAAGAGAAGAGGGGGGAGAGUACCACAGUUAUACAGAAACACGAAGCUAUGAGCUACGGGUUUUUGGUGAAGGCGAGCGAUGACGUACCGGCGGAAUUAUUGGCGGAGUACGAGAUACCGGCGGGGCCGGUAAUCUACAGAGGCAGCGAAGACAGGACGGACGUGGCGAAACAUUUUGUGGAGACGAUAGUUGAGGUGGCCCUGAAAAUCGAAAAUCUGAUGAAGACGAAUACCCCCAUAAUCAUAAGCGAGGACGAAGAAAAAACACAUCAAGAGUGUAUAGAGUGUAACUUAUGCAAAUGCAUAUUAGUCGGGGGCGAUAAGGUUAGGGAUCAUGAUCAUUUAACGGGCAAAUUUAUGCAGACCUUGUGCUCUAGGUGUAACUUAGAGUUGCAACAGCCUAAAUUUGUCCCUGUCUUUUUUCAUAAUCUCACAAACUACGACUCGCACUUCAUAAUCACCGAACUUGGGUAUGAUACUCAAACUAUCAACGUUAUACCGAACAGUGAAGAGAAAUUUAUAUCUUUCUCGAAAUAUAUAAGUAGUACCUUCACUGUUCGGUUUAUCGACCCGUUCAGGUUUAUGGCGUCGAGUCUGUCGUCCCUGGCUGAAAAUUUAGUUACACCCGAACAUGAGAACUUCCGUGAGACAGCCAAACAUUUUGUCACCGGAGAUAUGCCGCUCGUGACUCGUAAGGGGGUGUACCCGUACGAGUACACGGAUAGUUGGGAGCGGCUGGAGGAGACGAGGUUACCGAGGAAGAGAGAAUUUUAUAGUACAUUGACAGAGACCGGGAUUAAGGAGAAGGAGUUUGAACACGCGAAGGAGGUCUGGAACCACUUCAGCUGUACGACGUUGGGGAAGUGCAGCGAUCUAUAUCUUAAAAUCGACGUGUUGUUGUUGGCGGACGUUUUUGAAAACUUCCGCGACGCACAGUGGGAGGAUUUGACGUUUUACCGCGACAAAAAUAAAAAAAAAAAUAUAUCAAAAUAUAGAUAA